AGCACUGCGGCUCGAGCCUGUCAGUGGCUGUGGUUACCAGUGUGCGGCUGCGGCGGGAGCGGUGGCCUUUGGCGACAAUGGCGCCCAGCACGAAGAAGAGCCGCAAGGGCCUGGAGCCGGUGACGCGGGACUACACGAUCCACAUGCACAAGUUGUUGCACAAGGUACAGUUCAAGAAGCGCGCCACCAGGGCCAUCCGCGAGAUCCGCAGGUUCGCGACCCGGGCGAUGACGACGAAGGACGUGCGUAUCGACACUAAGUUGAACAAGUUUGUCUGGAGCAAUGGCAUCCGCAACAUCCCGAAGCGCAUCCGGGUUCGCAUGGCUCGCAAGCGCAAUGAGGAUGAGGACGCUACAGACAAGACGUUCACGCUGGUCCAGCACGUGGCAGUGGAGAGCUUCAAGGGCCUGCAGACGGAGACAGUCCGCGAUGACUGAGCUGGCCCGCGGAACGACGAGAACAGCCACAAGGGCAAAAUCGAUGUGGCCACAUCUGUGAGGUAAGAAAAUAUCGCUCCUGGCCCCUCCUCCGUUUUAUUAGAAUCGACGCAGCAUCCGUCCCUCCAUCCGUCGUUAGUCUGAUUUCGGUUUCGCUCGUCAAACCCAGACAUCCAGCAGUGUGGCUUGUUCUAGGCAUUGGCACGUCGACCUCAGACGAAGCCUGCGGCGGGUCCCCAGCUUGUAGCUCGCCCGCCCGAGGCCGCGCAGCGUGCCAUUCCCAGACGCCGCCGCCGCUCUGCCUCGUGCCUCCGUGCCCUCUCGACAGAAGGGCUCGUCUGGCGUCUGCGACG